AUGUCACAUCUUGAUCACGCCAUCGGCAACAAUAGCGCAGCGUAAGAAUGACGCCAGAGUGUUAUGCAAAUGUUGGGAGUUGUUGCGUCCGUUUGCACGUAGCUAAAGGCCCCGUUUGUUUGGAGACAAUUCGUCCCGGGCAAGACCGGAUCACCCUCCCAGUAGAGUCAACUUCAGCGAGAGUUAUUAUGAGAAAAAAGUUGUCCCCUUUGCCCGAGCCAGCAACGCUUGCGCAUGCUCUGAUUGUCUCGCCUUGAACGAGUUGACCCGGCUGGGCGGGACAAAGUGUUAAUAUGGAAAAAGGUUGACCCCGCUAGGGAAGUCACCCUUCUAGCCCAGACAAUUUUUUUUGCUGGUAUAAAUAGUCCGCCAUGUAAAGAAAUGUAAGAAACGUUAGCUUGCCUAGGGUAGCUCGGGUAGGCGAGUGACCCUUCUACCCGGGAUAGCUUUUCUCCGUAUAUACGGGCCCUAAACUGGCAGUAAUCGGUAAUUAAUAAUUAGUUCCUUUGGAUCGAAUUGCCGUUGCAGAUGAAUGUCACCAAAGUGGGGAAGAUUGUACGAUUCAGUGAAAUUUGGGGACUAGUUCAAUCAGAAAAAUGGGUUUGACAGAUUCACGUUCAUUUUUUAUUAACCCUCGGACGUACACGCAAAGUCAUACCCCAUCGUGGUACAAGGGGGGGAGGGGGUUGAUGGAACCUCCCCCGUUGAAUUUUUGAUAUGUUGCGGUUUUUCGAAACGACUUUGCCUUCAGUGGAAAGCCUUUGAUCUUCUCUACAAGAUGAGGUAUAUUUUAUUGGUAGUGGCCCUGCUGGUGGUCUUUGACGUAACCACUGAAACAUGGUCGCCAUCUUGGAUUUUAUCAAGAAUUAAACAUCAGGUAAAAACGGUGAAAAUUAAUAAUUUUUUGCACUUAUCAUGUAAACAUAUUACUCAAUGGGUUCAAGGCCUGGGUGAAAGAUGUGUUCUGAGCAUAUGAAUAAUUGACAUUAGUAUAUACACACUCAGUGAUCUUGGUGAUUUAAGCAAUCUGAUUGGUUCGCUAUCUCGGACUAUUCAACAAUAUUCACCUCCUAGCGAGUGGAUAAUGUGUGAGCUCGGUGUUUUUCCCGUUUUUUUUAGAGAACGAUCUUUUAAAAGUCGACAAAAUCCUAGGGCUGACUUUUUUAAAGGCAAGAAAAGACUUGGAAGGAUUGAAUACGGCGUUUUUCAAUUUACUGUAGCAGGAGUUUUGUGCUCGAUGGAUUGUUUACAACUCCCGUGUAUUCGCGUAGAAGAAGCCGUUUCGUGAACUCAGCGUUUUCUAAGAAGAAAAUUUUGGCUCAAAAAUCGAAGUUUAUUUAUGACAAACAAAUUUAAAAGGAAAUGUUUGCAGAAAUUCUACAUUUCAAGUAAACAGGAAAAAGAAUGAUACAGGAAGACGACCUCUUACCUCGAGCAACCGAGCCGCUAUUUUUGUCAGCACUUCAUGCGAAGAACGACACAACAUGCCCUUUUGGCUAUAAACUUGGCGAGUCAACAGAAAACAACACAGCUCUACUUUUUUUCUCAGGUAAGGAAACAGUUCAAACUUUUAGCGAUUCCAUUGAAGCCAUUACGCUGUUGUUUGCGAAAUGAGUAAACUUGUGAAUUGCCAUGUUUGAAAAUUCUGCAAAGAUCUAUUUUUAAACUUACGCGUGAUUUGAUCUGUCAAUCAAAUCCUACUUUUGAAUGGUUUCCUUUCUGAUUUUGUUGAGAUCACUUCGUGUGUAUAUACUAAAACAAUUAUUCUUCUCAAUCUCGGUGAAUAGUGGCUUUGGGAAUAUUUACCUCGCCGCUUUCGCGGCUCGGUAAAUAUUUUGCCACUAUUCACCUCGAUUUCAAAGAAUAAUUGUUAAUUAGUAAAAUCCAACUAUUAUAACUAUUAUAUAACUAUUAUCAAUGCUGCGUUCUGAUUGGUUGAGCUACUACUAGGCUAUAUGUUAUAGCCCACUAGUAGCGAAAAGCGCGGGCUUUUUGGCGGCAAAAAGGAUUAAAGUCUAUCUUUAACUAGCUAAAUUUUUUUUUUAUUCUCGAUAUUUUUGACCAAAUAGUUGGAUUUUACUAAAACAAUUAUUCCUCUCGCCCUUAUGGCCUCUGAGUCAGUAGCCCAUUCGGCCCGUUCGGCUUCAUGGGCUAUUGCCUCAGAGCAUUUGCAUUUCUUUUGAGCUGUAAAAGAGCUGGAUUUUGCUGAUUGUUAAUCACCUUAAGACAGCAGUGUGGUGAUUAACUUAACCCUGGCCUCAAUUUUCAGACCAAUUUAGGUCCCCAGGAAACUGCCCAAGUACUCCUUCCGUAAGCCAUCAUUUUGCCCCGAUUAAGUGAGAGUAGAAUUAGUAAUUGUUAUCAUUAUUCAUUCAAAAUAUUUCUCAGUUUCUGAUUGGCUAAAAUACAAGGCAUAAUUCACCAUAACCAGCUAUUGUAUGCCAUAUUGAACCGAUGACGUCAAAAGUGCAGCAAAGUUGCAGAUUAUUGAACCGUUAACCGAGAAGUCCGGGGAACGAGGUUGAGUUGUUUUAGCAGUGACAACAAAAAUGGCGGACAUUUCGCUCGUUUCACUGAGAAGAAAUAAGCGAACUAUUGGCUUAAAACAUAGCAAGAACAGUAAGAAGACAACUAACCUGCGAUCCGGGUGUCAUUCUUCUUAGAAGACAACUCGAAGGGUGACAUCAGCUGCUAUUUGGAGAAUAUUUACGUAGGUGAACAACUCUUUAGUUCCUAAACUUGCCGAUUAACGUGCACUAUCGAAGAAGCCGAAGAUAAACUGGAAAUCGAUGGGAGGUAAGCACCUUUAAGCUUGUUUUCAAACUAGGAAUUGUUUUGAAUGAAUUAUUAUAAUAAAACAAUUAUUGAAUUCGGCUUUCGUAUCAUCUGAACUUCAUGGAGAUCUCAGAGGGUGCCGUUAUCCGGCCUCGGCGGAUAACACCCUCCUCGAUCUCCAUAAUUCUUCAGAUGAUACAAAAGCCGAAUUGAGUGACUGUUAAAUAUUGGCUUAGGUUAGGGGUAGGUGACCAGUUUCCGAGAAACCUAAAAUUGGUCACCGAUUUUUUUUUUUCAAAUCAGGUCUGUCAGUGCGACUGUUCUAAUUGCAAUAUAAUUCUCAGAAGAAUAUGAAUUUAAGCUUAGGUAUCCACGAUUUUCUCAGUCAGUUUGCCUGUAAAAUAGAGGGUCAAAAUGGCAUUAACCGUCAAAAAGGAAAAUUUUUUACGUCAACUGCCAAAGACAAUAGAGAGAUUAAGAUUCACAUUUACGCCAAACGACAAACGUCAUAUUCAUGUUAAGAAUUCCUCCGAAUAGAAAAUAAGCAGAUAAAAAAAUAAGUAUAAAACUGGCGUGAAACUACUUAUUUUUUAGUUGAAGUAAUAAACACUUGUCGACAAUUAAGGGAAACACUUGGUCACGUGGUACAGAUUCACGUUUGCCGUUUGUCGUAAACGUGAAUCUUAAUCUCUCUAAUGUUGACAUAAUUUUUUAAAGGCCGGCCAGGUCUGAAAACGGGUAUGGAUUUUAAAGGCUAGGUCUGAAAAAAGAUGUGGAAACGGGUGUUUGGUCUGAAAGCGGGUCAGGCGUGACUUGGAAAACCGGCCGGAACCCCCGCACCAGGAAUUCCCAGGAGUAACCCCCCUCGGGUUAAGACCUAAGAUGUAAACCACUAUAAAAUUCCUUAUAGAGCAGUCCCUAAUAGAUUGAUUAGAUGUUGCGAUAAUAUUAAAUUAAAGUUCCUCGGUUCGUUUACAGAAGAAAGUUUUAAACUUUUGCAUGUCAUAAAAAAACAAUUUUUUUAAGAGGUAGAAUAUGGGUUAAUUUAGCAAAGUGCGUCUUUGUGCUUAAAUUUGACCAGGGUUGUAGUCUAGUUGUUCCGAACUUUUGGAAUGACCAUGUUCUAGGCUGGUGGAAACAUAAAGAUGAUCGCAAUAUCUUGUUUCUAAAAUAUGAGGAUUUGCACACGGUAAUGUUGCGUUAUCUCGAUCUCGCAGCGGUGGAGUUUUUUCAACUGAUCUGA